AUGGCCGAGGCGGUGCUGGUACGGGGACUUGGGCAGCGGGCUGAUGUCUAUUUCGGCAAGCCCGCACACUCCGCUGGCUCUGCAUGCUGGCGCGGCGGUGGGAAACGCCAUGCUGCCGGCAGCACGACCCGCGGCCGCGACGCUCAGGCACCAGGUGACACCGGCGACGAGCACCGUGGCCAAGGCAGCGAAGGCGCACACCUCCCAGAUGAUGACGUCGAUGGCUGCGCGAGACUCCAUGGCGGCGGCGCGCGAGAUCUCGUCGGUGGCCGCGCGCGAGCUCCCGUCGGCGGCCGCGUGUGCGAGGCAGCCAUGCGAGGGUCCGCGACGGCGAGGUGCCAGAUCCCGCCAGUGGCCGCGCGAGGCUUCGUGACGGCGGCGGCUGCGCGAGCUCCCACUGGCCGCGCGAGUGUCACGUCAGAAAAAUCAAUAAAUAAAAAGAUAAUAAAUAGACAUAGAAAUUAUGACGAAGUCUGCAUUGACAGUGUCCCGAGCAUCACUGACUUGCUUAACCACUCCUGUAUGCCGACUACGCCGUCAUCAAACAAGAAGAGACAUUUGGAGAUGGAGGUUGGAAUGACACUAACAGAAAAUGAGAAAAGAGCAUUUUUCAUCAACACAGAUUCAUCAGGAGUAAAGGCUACUGAGGAAGCAACAAACACGGAAUAA